UUGUUCUGCGCAUAAGUGACUUGCUGUUCUGGUAAAGGAAGAUGUCUUCACCACGUGAGCUCGAAGAAACGUUCGACUUACCCAGCGAUGAAGCUUUUGAAGAAGUAAACAAGUACAUUAAAGGAGUCUACGACAUUCUGAAGCAGGAGGCGAUUAAAGUUCGCAAGGAAAGGGAGACGUUCGAAGAUGUCGCGAAGAAGCUUGAACAUGUUCACUUCUCGAAGAUGCUGAAACUGAAUGUUGGAGGCCACCUUUUCUCGACCAGUUUGUCGACCAUGAGUAAAGAUCCAGGUUCUAUGUUACACGCCAUGUUUUCCGGAAGAUUUGACUCAAAACCUGACGAGGAUGGAUCAUACUUCAUUGAUCGAGAUGGAACACACUUCCGGUACAUCCUGAAUUAUCUUCGCACAGGGGAGCUUGUCGUCCCCGAUGAAAAGACUGUUCGUCAUGAACUGCUGAUUGAGGCCAAGUUUUAUCAAGUUGAAGGAAUUAUAGAGGCACUGACACCAAAACCAGUCUUUCAGGAUUCAGUGAUCCUAUCGUUCGAUCAACGCCAGACUUUGACGAACUGGUUGAAGGACGACAUUGGCCCUAACAAAGUCAUCGGUUAUAAAUUGUUAUACAGGGCUUCACGCAAUGGCUGGGCUGCUUCACACUUUCACGCUUGUUGCGAUAACAAAGGACCAACAGUUACAGUGGUAAAGAGCGGAAAUAACAUAUUUGGAGGAUAUACUGAGCAUCAUUGGGAUGGAUCUAACAUGGGUCAUCGAAGAGCGCCGAACUCGUACCUGUUCACUCUUGUCAACACAAGUGGUCUGCCGCCAACAAAGCUUCCUUUAUUAGCUGGAAAAGAAGAUCAUGCUAUCGUUUGUAACGGCAGCUAUGGGCCACUGUUUGGAUAUAAUGGACAAGAUCUUUGCAUCGUCAAUGCACCCAACUCUAACAACUGCAGCUCAAACCUGACCUGUUAUCAGUGCCCAUCAGGUCAGAGCACAAACUCUUUCCUAGCAGGUCAGAACUUCGGGGUGAGUGAAAUGGAAGUGUUUGGGUUCUAGAAUUGUGACUUUGCAAUUUUUCGCAGUAUGCUCUGAGACUGUCGUAAAGUUAACCAUAUUUUAAUGUUUUUGUAAUCCUAUCUCGGCAACUGAUGGCUAGUUGGUUAAAUUACUGCCAGAAUUUUGAGUAAGGACCAAAAUUUAAGAGUAAAUUGUCAAUGCACCAAGUUCCAACAACUGCUCCUCAAAAUUGAACAACACUUAACAAUGCUCAUCGGGAAAAACUGCUGACACUUUUUUAACAGGAAGUAAGUACUUCAGGUUGAGGUUAAUGUAAAAUUUUGAGUGAUAGACGCAAAACGAGUUUUGCCUCGCCUAAACCGAGACUGGUUUGUAAACUGUAGCUUCUCGUUAAUUUCUUUUCUACAGUUGCUCAAGUCCUUUCGACUUGAGACACAGAAACAAAAAAAAACUGUAGAAAAAUAUUCUUAGAAAAUAUGUAAAUGCGCGUUUCUUUAGUUUGAUGUAUCACUGUAUCUUUAUUCGAACGACUAUUAAAUACUGGUUAUUGAGA